AUGCAUGUCCCAGCAGUGGGUGGAAAGGGGCAGGGGAAUACAAGCCUUCUGCUACGGUUCACAGAUGAUACCUUUGACCCAGAACUUGCAGCAACAAUUGGUGUGGACUUCAAGGUGAAAACUAUUUCAGUUGAUGGAAAUAAAGCUAAACUGGCAAUAUGGGAUACGGCAGGAAGGUUCAGAACACUAACACCCAGUUACUACAGAGGUGCACAGGGUGUUAUUCUAGUUUAUGAUGUCACAAGAAGAGAUACCUUUGUCAAGCUGGAUAAUUGGUUAAAUGAAUUGGAAACGUACUGCACCAGAAAUGACAUAGUUAAAAUGCUAGUUGGAAACAAGAUUGAUAAGGAAAACCGUGAAGUUGACAGAAAUGAAGGUCUCAAAUUUGCAAGAAAACAUUCCAUGUUGUUCAUAGAGGCAAGUGCAAAAACAUGUGAUGGUGUACAGUGUGCCUUUGAAGAACUUGUUGAAAAAAUCAUUCAGACUCCUGGACUGUGGGAGAGCGAGAGCCAAAACAGAGGUGUAAAGUUAUCAAACGAGGAAGAAGGAUAUGGAGGAGGAGCAUGUGGUGGAUACUGCUCUAUGUUAUAAACUUUGGGAAGCUUAUUCUUUGCAUAUUUAAACAGAUAGUGACAUCUUUCUGUAAAUAAAUUCAUUAAAUGCUAUUUUUAGGGACCUUGCAGUUUGCACAUAUUUGUUUUGUAUCAUGGCAGUGAACACUUGUAGGAAAAAUGUUCUGCAGCUUUCCCAGUUUGAAAACGUUGUGGUAAGCAUGCCCCAUUUGCAAUCUUCAGAUUUUUAUAAGUAGCAUAAAUAAUGUGCAAGAACAAAUGCACUCAGGAUUUUAUGCCCAUAUACAUUCAUCAUGUAACUACUCUAAACAAAUCCAUCUAAUACGUGGAUAUUACUGCAUUAUCUGCUUUUUGUCUCAUUUUUAAAUACUCUUGAAAUUAUAAAGCUAUAUAGUAUGCACAGAUCCUGAAAACCGUGCGAGCUAUAAAUACUACAUUUCAUCUCUUCCGGUAAAUGUUUUUUAUGAUAUUAAAAAUGGCACGAUUAUACAAGUCUUAGACAAGUCUGCUAAAUUUUUGUCUUUCGGCAGAGCUGUCUAAAAUAGGAACUGACACAGGUCAUAGUUAAUUUCAGCACCUUUUUGAAGAGAUACUUUAAAAGCUUCCUUUGCAAAGCUGGGGGAUGCCCUUUUUUUCUUUUUAAUCAUCACUUCAGUUGACUGCUUAACUGGAGUUUUAAUCCUGUGAUAUUUAUAUACUAAAUUCAUGGUACUCUUGCACUCUAGGUUUUUAUGAUACAAUCUACUCUAGACCUGCCACAGAAAGUCUUCAUUUUUGGCGAAGGGUUUGAAUGACAUCCUUGUUCUUACAUUGUGAAUCGAUUCGCCACACUUCAGUACAGACACCUGGUUUUCCUAAAUGUUUGUAGUGUAACUUAAUCUCAAACUGUAGCUCACUAUGGCUAUGAAGAGCUGUAUCACGUCUGCUUUGUGUGGCUACUUGUUCAGAAAUAUAACUUCCUGUCCCAGUUACUAAAUGGGAAGUUAUACAGCUUUUGGAUCUCUGUAUGGAAAAUACUACUGCAAUGAGUAUUCACUUGAAUUUACUGUAACGAAGCCAAUGGUUUGUUUCGGAAGACUUGUAUAGACUAAUAAAUUUUUUUUUCCACAGUAUUCAACUUUUCUAACCUCUUCCUAUUGUAGAGUUGUAUAUUUUCUAGUACAUACAGUUUUAAAAAGGUCACUUUUUAAAGAGGGAUUAUUUCUGAAGGAUAAGAUGAGGAUGCCAUGUUAAUUUAAAAAAAAAUCACUAUAGUGCAAUGGGUAACUGCACUACUGGGCAGUUUCUUGUAAAUAUAGUGAAUUUACAGUACCUUUUAUUACAGCAAGGUUUUGUGUACAUGUCAGCACACAUGAUAUGUAUUUUGCAGCGGGUUUGGCUGCAUAUGUUAAAAUUCACUUUAUUCUUCACAUGGGAACUUUUUCUAUUCUGUUUUACACUCGCUGGAAAACAAUACCAAAAUCUGAAGACCUAACCAUGCUAGUUGUUUUUAACCAAAUAUUGUAUCUAUAGUAUUGUUAAUGUAGUAGGAUAAUUUAAAUAUGUAAAUGUAAUUAAUAUUGAAUACACAUAUAUGUUGUAUUAAAGUGUUAGAUUUUUAUUACUGUUUCAUGAUACAGCAUAUGUGGGCUAAGCAAGUCUUACUUGUUAGUAUUGAGGUUAUUGUGGAUUUGUCUUGUGUAGGCUAGCAGCUAGAGAGAAGCUGUAGAAGCAUUAAAACAUUGAACAAGUGGC